AUGCUAGGGCGCCUAGACAUGAGCGUCAGAGAUGCUAUCAUGGCCUAUAGAACCGUUACGCAGAGGGCAUUCAGGUCGAAGCACCGGACGGAUAUCCAUCGUACCCUCGCCCACCAUGUACUCGUGUCUGACAAGAGCAAGGCGGUUCUGGCCAUUGCAAAGGGCAAUGUUGAUGCGCCUGCAACUCUGUUAAGGGCAUAUGACAAAUCCACGAGCUUCAAAGAUUGCACGAUAUGGGAGGUUGCCCGAGCCAUCUCAGCAGCCACGACAUUCUUCAAGUCCAUCAAGAGCGGGCUGGACAAAAUCGAGUUCAUCGACGCCGGCUUUUGGUACAACAACCCGUGUCAUAUCCUCGAUGUUCUCGUAAGCGAGGAGAAACAUGUGUUUCCGGAUGCUCAACAGUUCCUUGUGGUCAGCAUUGGCAUUGCAAUUGGCCACAUUGUGGAUAUAAAGAACACAAGACGUUCGAUUCUGAGUGCGCUGGUGGAAAUGGCUAGCAAUUCUAGUAAAGUCUCCCGCGAGAUGGCUACGGGGUACCAGGGCAGCGACGACUACUUCCGCUUCAACGUCAAUCGGGGUCUUCAAGGCUUCACGUUGUCCGAGAGAGCAAGCUAA